CAGUCUGCUUAUACCACAUAUCUCAAUUCCUUGAGAAACCUAUGUCUUCCCCACAACUUUUCUUAUGGGACAAGGGCACACUCAUCACUGCCAUAUCUGCUCCUGCUUACCUAGUAAAAGUUCUCUUCUUCUUUGCACUCCUAAUAACUCUAGUUACUCUACUCAUCCUGGUCUGGAAAGUAACCAAAGGAAAAGGCAAUAAGAACAGAGAGCCAGACUUAAGAAAGGAGGCAACACUGCUGCCACGAAGAUCUACGGUUCUUGGAGGAGACUCCAUUGAGUGCCUGGUCGUGGUGGUGGUAAUUGCUUUUGUGGUUGACCAGCUUCAGGAGAGACAGAUCAUGGGUGGCCGGCACCGGCACUGA